CAACUCAAGCAAGCCAUUCAUUCCUGUACGUAAUGAUAAAAUGUCCUUCCAAGUUUUAGCUUCUCAAGCUCAAGCACGAGAUACCGUUGCUGAUGUUAAGCGACAUUCAGCUAAUAAUUAUACCCCAAACAUUUGGGGUGAUCAUUUUCUCCAUUAUGCUACCACGGAAGUUGACAUUAAACUUGAGCAACACGUCCGAGAACUAAAAGAUCAGGUGAAGAGGAUGCUAAUGGAUCCCGUUAAAAAACCUUCACAACAAUUGGACUUGGUUGAUAACAUUCAACGCCUAGGUGUGUCCUAUCAUUUUGAAAAUGAGAUUGAUGGAAUUUUGAAACAAAUUCACCACAACUACUCAAAUGGUAGUGAUGAUGACCUUUACACUACUGCUCUCAUUUUUCGGCUACUUAGACAACAAGGUUAUAGCGUUUCAUGCGAUAUGUUCAACAAAUUCAGGGAAGGAAAUGAUCAGAAAUUCAAGGCAUCUCUUCUGAGUGAUGUAUCAGGACUAUUAAGCUUGUACGAAGCCACCCAUCUUAGGAUACGUGGAGAAGACCUACUUGAAGAGGCACUAGACUUCACCACCACUCAUCUUGAGUCGAUCAAACACAGUUUAAGCCCUUCACUUUCAAAACAAGUAGUCCAUUCCUUAAAUCAGGCACUUCGGAGGGGCAUCCCGAGGGUGGAAGCAAGAUAUUACUUGUCAAUCUACGCAGAACACGAUUCACAUAAUGAAACUCUCCUGACUUUUGCAAAGUUAGAUUUCAACCUACUGCAACAAGUCCAUCAAAAGGAACUAUGUGAAAUUACAAGGUGGUGGAAGGACUUGGAUGUCACAAACAAGCUGCCGUUCACCAGAGACAGAAUUACCGAAAUUUACUUCAUUUGGGCUUUGUCAGUGUACUUCGAACCUCAAUAUUCCUUUGCUAGGAGGACAACAUGCAAAGUCACUGCCAUGAUGGCUAUCCUCGAUGACAUUUAUGAUACACGUGGCACACUCGAAGAACUAGAGCUUUUUACUGAAGUUAUUCACAGGUGGGAUAUCUGUGCCAUAGAUCCAUUGCCAGAUUAUAUGAAAGUCUGUUAUAAGGCAUUGUUAGAAGUUUAUACUGAAAUUGAAGAAGAGCUUGCAAAGGAGGGAAAGUUGUAUCGAAUCCAUUAUGCCAGAGAAGCUAUGAAAAAACAAGCUGAAGUUUACUUCCUUGAAGCUAAAUGGCUGCACCACCAAUACAUACCAACGAUGGAUGAAUAUAUGGCCCUAUCAUUAUUGACCUCAGGCUACCCUCAACUAAUAACAACAUCUUUUGUUGCAAUGGGAGAUGUUGCUACACAAGACUCCUUCGAUUGGUUGGACACUUAUCCCAGGGCUGUAAAAGGGGCUGCAGUAGUUGCUCGACUCAUGGAUGAUAUAGCGGACCACAAGUUUGAGGAAAAGAGAGGACAUGUUAUCUCAGCUGUGCAGUGCUACAUGAAUGAAUGUGGUGUCACAGAAGAAGAAGCAAUAACUGUAUUGCGUAGACAAGUGAGUGACGCAUGGAAGGACAUCAACGAAUCAUUCCUCCUUCCUAAUGCUGUCCCGAGGCCACUACUAACCCGAAUUCUUAAUUUUGCAUGUGCCAUGGAUGUUUCAUACAAGUAUGAAGAUGGUUUCUCUACUCAUCAUGAGACUGUGCUCAAGGAUUUUAUAAUUUCUACGCUUGUCCAACCCCUGCCUGUAUAAGCUUCAAAUCCUAUUUCUUAUGUAUCUUAUAGCCUCUCCCGAUUAGUCUUGUGAAAACUGGAUUAUAUCGAGCUCCUACCUCAUUAGUUUCCUUUGCUUAUUCUUUUUUUUUUUUUGGGAAUAUUUCUCUUCUUCUCCCCAAGAUCAAUAAAUAGUUUCAAUUCCAAGUUGUAACCACCGUAAGGUUAAUAUGGUUUAAGACAAAUAUACAACAGAAUUUAUAUUUGUUAAAUAAA